AACUGAAGUGCCCAGGCUGUGAGGACUGGGCCAGCGGGAGCGCGCGACACUUCCUCCAGAGCGCGCGCAACACGGGCCGGGCUUGCGUGUUUGACCUUCCACGUUCUGGUGCUUUCCCUAGAGUCUCUUCCAGAGUUCAUUCCUCCAGAGCCCAGAAUCUUGAGUUGUAUCUACGAUGAGCAACUUGACCCAGAAUCUACGGGACGUCAUGAAGGUCUUGUUCAGAGUUCCCGGUUUUGAUAGAGUUUUGGAAAAGGUGACGCUUGUCUCUGCUGCUCCUGAUAAAGUAAUUUGUGAAAUGAAAGUGGAAGAAGAGCAUACUAAUAAGUUUGGUACUCUCCACGGGGGCUUGACAGCAACUUUGGUAGAUUCCAUAUCAACCAUGGCUCUGAUGGGAACAGAAAGAGGGCUUCCUGGAGUCAGUGUUGACAUGAACAUAACGUUUAUGUCACCUGCUAAACUUGGAGAAGUAGUAGUGAUCACAGCACACAUUCUGAAGCAAGGAAAAACACUUGCAUUUGCCUCGGUGGAUCUGACCAACAAGACCACAGGGAAAUUAAUAGCACAAGGCAGGCAUACUAAACACCUGGGAAACUGAGGGAACAAACAGCAGGGUGACCCAAUGAAGCCCAACAAUGAAUGAGUAUAACUUUCUGAAAUAAAUAUCAAAACCAGAA